GUGGAAGAGCAGGCGGAGGGGCGACGACGAGCAGCGGAGCAGAGCUGGAGCUGGAGGAACGCCUCCAAACAGCGUCUCCCCUUAUUAUUCACCUCUUCUCCGCCGCACACAACCAGACCCAACGAGCAGUCCGCGUAUUUAGCGAGAGCGCGGCUCUUCUCGCGACCUAUUUGCUCGGAGAUAACCAGAGGAGUUGCACUCCGCGCGAGCGCACAAGGCUUUGCAUCGUGGCUCUCUCACGAGCGGCAUGCUCGAGCGACCCGUCGGGCGCGACUGAAGUCCUUCUUUCACCCAAAGAGGAUUCAAUGAAAAUGUCAGUGUGCGUCCAUGAGAACCGGAAAUCCCGAGCCAGCACCGGCUCCAUGAACAUCUACCUUUUCCACAAAUCCUCCUAUGCUGACAGUGUCCUUAUGCACCUCAACACUCUACGGCAGCAGAGGCUCUUUACAGACGUCCUCCUACACGCGGGCAGCCGUUCCUUCCCCUGCCACCGCGCCGUGCUGGCCGCCUGCAGCCGCUACUUUGAGGCCAUGUUCAGUGGUGGUCUGAGGGAGAGUCAGGCCAGCGAGGUCGACUUCCGAGACUCGAUCCACCCGGAGGUUUUAGAGCUGCUGCUUGACUACGCAUACUCAUCACGGGUGGUGAUCAACGAGGAGAAUGCAGAGUCGCUGCUGGAGGCUGGGGACAUGUUGGAGUUUCAGGACAUCCGUGAUGCCUGCGCCGAAUUCCUGGAGAGAAACCUUCAUCCGUCCAACUGUCUUGGCAUGCUGUUGCUGUCUGACGCCCACCAGUGUACGAAGCUGUCAGAGCUCUCCUGGGGCAUGUGUUUAAGCAACUUCCCUGCCAUUUGCAAGACAGAGGACUUUCUCCAAUUGCCCAAAGAUAUGGUAGUGCAGCUUUUGUCACACGAGGAGCUGGAGACAGAAGAUGAGAGACUGGUUUAUGAAGCUGCCCUUAAUUGGAUUAACUAUGACCUAGAAAAGAGGCACUGCUAUCUCCCAGAGCUUCUGAGAACGGUUCGUCUCGCCUUACUGCCUGCCAUCUUUCUAAUGGAAAAUGUUUCAACAGAAGAGCUGAUUAAUGAUCAGGCCAAAAGCAAAGAACUGGUUGAUGAAGCUAUUCGCUGCAAGCUUAAGAUCCUCCAGAAUGAUGGCGUGGUCAACAGCCCAUGUGCUCGACCUAGAAAAACCAGCCAUGCCCUUUUCCUGCUUGGCGGACAGACAUUCAUGUGUGACAAAUUGUACCUGGUAGACCAGAAAGCCAAAGAGAUAAUCCCGAAGGCUGACAUCCCCAGUCCCAGGAAGGAGUUCAGUGCCUGUGCCAUUGGCUGUAAGGUUUACAUCACAGGCGGAAGAGGAUCAGAGAAUGGCGUUUCCAAAGACGUAUGGGUCUACGACACUGUGCAUGAGGAAUGGUCCAAAGCAGCACCUAUGCUCAUCGCCAGGUUUGGCCAUGGCUCCGCGGAGCUGAAACACUGCCUAUAUGUUGUUGGAGGACACACCGCGGCAACGGGCUGUCUCCCGGCCUCUCCGUCCGUGUCCCUCAAACAAGUGGAACAGUUUGACCCAGUGGCAAACAAGUGGACCAUGGUGGCACCUCUCAGAGAGGGUGUGAGCAAUGCGGCAGUGGUCAGUGUGAAACUCAAGUUGUUUGCCUUCGGCGGAACCAGCGUCACCCAUGACAAACUGCCCAAGGUGCAGUGCUACGAUCCGCAGGAAAACCGAUGGACUGUGCCAGCAUCCUGCCCACAGCCGUGGCGUUACACCGCCGCUGCCGUGCUGGGGAACCAAAUAUUUGUCAUGGGCGGGGAUACCGAAUUCUCAGCCUGCUCGGCUUACAAGUUCAGCAGUGAGAACUACCAGUGGACUAAAGUGGGGGACGUAACGGCCAAGCGAAUGAGCUGCCAGGCUGUGGCUUCGGGAAACAAACUGUACGUGGUGGGUGGGUACUUUGGUACACAGCGGUGUAAAACUCUGGACUGCUAUGACCCCACACUCGAUGCAUGGAACAGCAUCACAACUGUUCCGUACUCGCUCAUUCCUACUGCCUUUGUCAGCACCUGGAAACAUCUACCAGCGUGAAUCCUGAACCGUUGACCUGUACCUUCUCCAUUAGAUCUCCCCGGUUUCGCGUCAUCCGCCGGUCUCCUGACCACGAAGAAGCACACAUUCUCUUUCUCCAAAAAGAGACGCCAAGCAGCGAUGUACAGAUGCCCCGCAUUCAUCUUGGUGUUGCAAAAACUGUAAAAAAGAAGGAAAAAAAAAGAGAGAAGAAGAUAAACAAAAAAGACAAACACGCAGGAGCAGAGAACCCAAAGGUGGGCCGUUGUCGAGGAAGGCGGACAUCUUGCUCCGAGACACCGAACUGACCGACGCUUGCUCUGCAAGGCACAGACUCUGACCCUGUGUGCACAUUGUGCUUUCAUGCUGCCAUAGGAGUGCUGCAAACAUAUCAUGAAAAGCUGCAUUCUUCAUAUGUAGUCAUAACAGGCUUGUGACGAUCUGUGAAGUUUUCUCUAUGACAAAAAAAUUAUAGAUAUACACACACAUAUAUAUAUAUAGCAUGACAAAUGCUUCGGUCUGACUGAAAAAGAACAAAAUCAAUAGAUUUUGACUGAAUAUCUGACUCAUACAAGGAAAAAUGAAGGAGCAAAUCUUCCCCGUUUUUGAUUUUUUUUUUUUUUUUUGUUGUUUUCGAACUGUUAACAGCUUCUAAUUUAUGCUUCAGACCCAGAAUAAAAAAGAACAUUUGAACAUUUCUCUUACAAAAACUUUCCUGUCGCUGCCACUCAUGAGGCGGAUCGAUGGGAUUUGCGUGUGCCUGGAGGUUGCCCGUGUUUGGAUUCUACAGCUCAGCGGCGACGCCGUAAAACAUCGUUCGCUUUGCUUGCUGAUUCACCGCCGAAGCCCUUUUUCGAGCAUGUUCUCUCACAGUGAUUCAGUGAAAACUGGCAUGUACUCUUCACAAAGUCUUGUCACCUUAACACAAAAAGCUGAAUUUAUUAUCCUUUUUCGAAAAAAAAAUCUGUUUCUUCUUGAA